GGGGGAAUUGACAGGCGGCCAUGUUUGGUAGCGGUGGCUGCACGUGUUGACGCGGCCAGUUGCAGCCUCGCACCAGAUGGUGCGUGUGCGUACGUACACGUGCGUGAAUCCUCGCGAGAGACAGUAGCGAUUCGGAUCUGAGAGACUGUAUCAUUCUGCUCGCAGGUGUAACAAGGAGAAACAACCAGGACCGACAAGGUGAAGGCACUCCCGAACGGGUUGACGUCGUCGUCGCGACGCCACAUCUGGUGAUCGCAAGACUGCGAGAGAGAGAGAGAGAGAGAAGGGGAAUCACCGUGGCGUUCGCGCAAGCGUGUUGGCGCAGUCGAUCAGUCAACUGGUGGCUAAUAUCAUCUGGUCGCACGAACUUCGGAACCGCGAUCGAGUUAUCGCUAUCGUGCUUUAGAGUCUACGUCCUUCGUGGUGAGUUUGUUUACGGAAAGUGUGGAAUUUCGCUGUGACAGUUAUUCCGAUCGGUCCCUUCUGACAGUGUUUGUGACUGGACAUCACGGAUAUUUUCACUGAAUGUUUGAUUUCUUCGAGUUGUCAGGAACUUUUUUUGUACGAAGAUUUAUGAAAGAAUCUCGACGAAAAGCAAGUUUGUUAUUAUAUCGAUAAGACGAGAAGGGCAGAAUUGGAUACGAGGAAGAGGUGGAAGUCGAAAGACAAGACAGCUGAUGUUAUCUUGACGCGAGUAUCCUCCGCGUACGGCUUCGAGAUUAAUCCCGAUUUUCGGAGGAAGUCGCGAGGGUUUUUUUUCUUGUUUUCCCGUCGUGAAUAAGUCGCGAUAUGCGCGGUUACUUUGUUCCCUCGUAGUUCCCAUCGUAAUCGUUCCCAUCGUCGCAGUUGCCGCUGUCAUUGUCGCCGGAAGGACGAUGCAUCGCGCGCGUAACAACCGUCGAGAUAAACUGUCAUCGCGACUACCGGCAGUGUAUUAUCGGUGGUGAAUGGAGAGCUAAACCCAGUGGAUCAGAUCACACGAACAACUGAUGCAGUGAUGCAGUGCCGUAGUGUUAGUGACCAGUGCCACACGCUCGUUGUUUGGAUUACUUGAAGAUGCCUUCGUCCGGCGGCGGGUAUUAUGACGACAGGAAUCCUUUGCUCAAGGGCACCUUAUCGAGCGUGGAACGAGACCGGCUUCGGGAGCGAGAUCGACAGGCACGCGCGAUGAUGUCUGUCCAAGCGGAGCAAGCGGCUGCGGGAGGUGGUCCUGAUACGAGACACCAUCAUCACCACCACCAUAACCACGCGCAUCAUCAUCACUCCAACAACAUACAUGUCCCCGCGCCGAGCACACUCUUCCGUUGUGGUCCCAUCAGGGCGGAUCCCGAUCCACAAAUCCAGUCGAAACUGGGCAACUAUCACCUGGUGAAGCAUCUGCUGGACGAGCCUAAACGUCUGAUCGGCAUCGACGGUAUCCCGCCUAGUCCGGCGCCUUCGCCGACGCCUUCCGCUCACAAGUCCUCCGCCGGCACCGGCAGGAAUUAUUCCCCGUCCGCGGGUCAGGAGUUUAAGAAACCCGGCGGACCCAGGGGCACUACCACCUCCUCGUCUUCCACGACGGUCGGCGGCUCGUCGUCGGCGACGAGCCACCAGCAACGGGGCGGCUUCGUCAAACCCGCUGACGGCAAACCGCCCUACGGCGGCCGAGGUGGCUAUCCCGGUCAGCCGGUCAAGUACGGCGGCGGCAGUAACGAUCAUCGCAACCACGGCUUACUUCCGGCCAAGGGCCCGCCUCCGCCGCACGUCCCGCCCUCUCUAGCCGGAAGCAAUGGCUCUUUGUCGGUCGGAGGCAAUCCCGCCGGGAGUGCCGCCGCCGUCGUCGCUAGCAAUUUCGGCAACGCCGGCCUCGCGAGCCGCACUCAAUUCGCCGGCCGACUGAAGCUGAUCGAGGUUAACGGACCGCGAUCGUCAAUUGACAGCACAAAUGUGGACAACAUUCUCAAGGAGAUGACUGUGCAACUGAGUCCACCAGUGACGGCGAUCGCUCAGACACCGCGGAAGGAGCUCGAGUCCAAGUUCACCUUCAACCCCCAUCUGGCAAAGCUGACAGAAGUGACUCCGCCAGAGCCUGCAAAGCCUCAACGCGAGAGACAUGCUGCCAGCAGACUAUCUGCUGAUCUCGAGCGAGACUUGAGGCUGUCAGAUAGUGAGGAUGAGGAGAACAAGGAGAUAUCGUCGAGACCGACGAAAGGAAAUAGGAGUCCAGAUCUUACGGUCGCCGUUCAUAAUCUACCGACGCCGUUGAUCCCGGCGAUGACAUCAGCGCCGACGCCUUUAUCGCCUAUGGGACUGUCGCCUAUGGGACCUCUGUCGCCGCCGCGGCCGAUUAGUCCGCCUAAAUAUCCGUCACCGAAGCGGACACCGGAAGAAGCGAUGUCACCUCUGCCCGGCGUUAACAGUUACACGAUGCGUUGCCCGCCGACGAAUCAGAUCGUCCUCGGCCAACCAUCGAGUCCAGCCGAGGCGCCGCAGAGUUCCGGAAGCGCUAGCUCGAGCUCGGACUCCGGCUCGGAUUCCGGCUCGGACAGCAGCGAUGAUUCCGAGGACGAGGACGAUCCGACGUCGGCGCCGCCGCCGGCCAAGGGACCCACGACGCCGCCCUCGGUGUCGCCGAAGCCGGAAAAUCUGGUCGAGGAACCGCCACCAGCCGUGGAGGAACGUCGCUCCUGGAAGCUUAGUUCCUUCUUCAACAAGGCGGCGAUACAGCACGAACAGAAUUCCGAAUCGAAGCCGGCUCCGGAUAACGCUAGACGAGAGGAUACACUCGAGACUAAGACAGAGACCAACAGAUCGCACAGCGAACAGUCCCAUGAUUGGCAGCUUAAUGAUGCCCUGAAGAGGCCUCACAUAAGUUCUCUCAGCGACAGCGAUCAUCACUCCGAUCCGGAGAAGGUUCAUCAACUGAUCGAAGACAAUCGCUCUCAGGUGGAGAAGCCGAAGGCCGACGCCAGAAAACGCGGGCGACCCAGGAAAUCCAAUAAAAGUCCAAAGCACAACCGGACGUCGGAUGAGAGCUUAAAGACCAAACCGCGUAGCCGGACGAGAACGGUCGGUAGUACUUCCAGCAAGAAGAAGCAGCCUAAGUCGAAAGAAACGGUGACCACGAGCGAUGAUGACAGCGACUCGAGAUCGCAAAGUGACUCCGAUAGCGAUCACCGAUCUACCAAAGUAUCGACCGUGGCGCCGACGAGAACCGAGAAGAGAUCGAUGCUGAGCGUGUCGUCCACGGACGACGAAAGUCCGCCGCCAUCGAACAGGAAAAAUAACAAUAGUGCCUCCGAGGACGACGCCACACGAUGGACGAGAGUUCCCUCCAUCAAGCGGAACAAUUUGUCGGACUCGUCGAAGAAGCAGGACAAGAAGAAGAGUCCUGCCAAGGGCAAACCCAGACGACCGAGAUCCAGGGUGACCAAAACCGGUGGCUCUGAUUCCGACAGCGAAUCAGAAGUUUCCGUGAGAAAUAGUCGCAUCAAAGUUGCUCGAGUACCACCCAGACCUCGAGUACCACCGACGAGGACGACCUCACCUGAUAAUUCCGAUAGUGACAACAAUCCGGCAUCCAAACUUCAAGAAGACGACGCCGGUAAUGUGCAGGACAAGAAGAAAAGCGACACGUUGCGCCACGUCUUCUCGACGUCGAAAGGUGGCGGGAAGGGUGGUGGAAAAGGUGGAAAAGGUGGCAAGGGUGGUGGUAAAUGCGGUAUCUACGUGGAGGAGUACACGAGUAAUUCUGCCACGCCGACCGGCGGAGAUAGUCCUUACAAGAGACCAUCUUCACGGACGUCCAGUGCUGGCAACAAUCUUCUCUUGCGCUUAUCCCCCGCGCUCAUUACCCACGUGAACGGCGUGCCAAGUCUGAUAUGCAAGAUCGAUCUCAACAGGUUAUCUUCGCAGUUGUUGCAAUUAACAAGGGGACAGGAACUCAGACGGCGCACGGAACUACCCGAUACGAGGCCGUCUUCAAGGCAGAGGCCGUCCUCCAGCCUGGCGAUGUCGCAACCACCGAGACCGCCUACGCCGGAGGAGGGCGAGAUUGUCGACACGCCGCCACCGCUACAGGUCCCGUCAGAUCGCCCAAGGAUCCUUCGCACCGACAUCGGUCUAUUGGGUAACAACGGUGACAGAAGUUCACGCUCUGCGAUUAAGGCCCAAUCGAUAUCCUCAGGCCCGAAAAACGGCAGUUCUAUGCUCGAAGGUGUAACCGGUGGUGCUAGUAGUGGUGCCGGUGCGAUCGGUGGCGGUAGUGCGCCCAAGAGGAAACGUAAUCCGAGUUGUAGUUCCGUGUCGAGUUUAAGUCCUGUUCAGUGUUCAUUGGACGCGAAAACCAAGAGUUCAUCUGAGCACAAGGACAGGAGUCGCAAGAGACAACGGAGACACGAUGGCUUGAUGUCAUCUCAAAACGAUAUCCAGCCGACGAAUCACGAAAGGGACGAGAAGCAAGAUACGAGUUUAUUACCACCACCACCUCUUCCAGCUCAACGCGUCUACUAUUCUUACUUCGAUCCACAGAAUGAAAUCCUGGAGGAUCAGGAUAGGGACCAUGACCAGUACCUGACUGAAGCUAAGCGAUUGAAACAUAAUGCUGAUGAAGAGAGCGACCUUACAGCGCAAGGCAUGAUGUAUUUAGAGGCUGCACUGUACUUCCUUCUAACUGGAGAUGCGAUGGAGUCGGAUCCAGUCACAGAGAAAGCCUCGUACACCAUGUACAAAGAUACUCUCAGUCUCAUCAAAUACAUCUCGUCAAAAUUCAAGAGCCAAUCCAACAACUCGCCCGAGAAUAGUAUACAUACCAAGCUAGCUAUCCUAAGCCUUUGGUGCCAGUCGCGCUUGUACUCCAAACUUUACAAUUUACGCAAACAAGAAGUGAAAGAGGUCCAAAAGAUUGUCAACGACUUCAAUCAAAAGCAACCUGCUCAGACAACUCCAGUGCAACCGGAGGGACAAGGUACACCUUCUCUUUCGCCUACACCGUCGCCCGCUGGUUCUGUAGGUUCCGUCGGCAGUCAAAGUUCUUCGGGAUAUAGUAGUGGCGGACAACAUCCGGCAACAUCGGGCCAAUACGUCAGUGUGCCAUUGCACGUAUACAACGCGAUGAUGAAGCAAAAUCAGUAUUCAGGCUUACUUACGAAUGGUCACGAUUUGUGGGAUCAGGCGAUGAAACAGGCGAAACAGGAGGAACACAAAAACUUUUUCAUUGACUUGGAUCGAAGAUUGGGACCCCUGUCAUCGUAUAGCUCACUGCGCGAGCUCGUGCGAUACGUUCAAGCGGGUAUAAAGAAGUUGCGAGCUCUCUGACCACAGUGGCACAGCCCCCGACCACCCACCCCAAACUACAUUACCUCCCUUCCUCAAAACAUGGCCACUUAUCCGACCAUGUUCACGUAGUUGUGUGAUAUGCUAAUCACGACAAACAACAUCUCCAGUGAUGCAACCGGAGGCAUGAGAAAUAGGAAGACGCGACGGUGAUGUGUUGAUGAUGUAGAAAGACUAUUUCUGAGAUAAGUGGUCUCGGGGGUGCGAGCGAAUCGAUAACGAGGGUCAUGGUAAUCUCUGGAAAGAGAAAAAGGAGAUCGAGAAAGCUCGCGGGAUCUUCCUUAGUCGGGCGAUCCGUGGACGAUAUGGGGGCAUUCUUCAGAUAAAUUUAGCAACAAGUUUAUAGUCAAUUGCGAAGCGCGUGUGCCUGAAAAGGGCAAGGAAAGAGCGGCCGACCGGAAGAGGAGGAGCCGCUUUAUCUUACCACGGUGCAUAACGAACCUCGUGCACUUUGUUUAGAGCACGUGUUACUUACUCUCGAGGCGCAAUGGAAAAUCCUUGAGCGGAGAUGAUAUCGAUGAUACGAGCGCUCAUUAAAUUUCCUAGCGAGCCGCAGUGAUAACUUGUGUCUAUUUUUCCGAAGUGUCCGCUUUUGUAAGUUAACGCAUGUAGAUAUCGAGAUACGAGAAGUAUCGAGGGGAGAAUCCGAGGUAGCGGAGAAAGAAGAAAAGAAGAAAGGAAAGAAAAAAAUGAAGACGCAGAGAUAAGAAAAAGUGAAACCACGAAGGGGUAGUAGAAGUGCCACUGAAAAGCGCCCGUGUGUUCUCGCUUCACGGUGCGCCACAGCCGACGUUACCUGAAGCA